GCGGCGAGGGACGAGGGCGAAAGCACGCGUACGCGACGAGCGACGAGCGACGAGUGCCUCGUCGGGGAGGAUAAAGUGCGUGCCGUACAAAGUCAAAAGUGGCAGUAGUGGCGUAGUGGCACAUUCGACGUCUGACAAUAGACGUCUGGUACUUGGUAGGAUUAUGGUGCGACCGGCGAGGGGUCGAAUACUCGAUACACCAUUCGUGGCGGCUACUCUGACGCUGCUCAUGAUGCUGCUGCUCGAUCAAGUGUCUUCUCUACUGUGCCCUGGAGGGCAUGCCUGCUCUCCUCCAAAAUCAUGCUGUCUCUAUGGCUGUUGUUACGAUGGCUUUACACCAGCAGCGCAUCCAGAAAUAUUAGAUUUCGUGAUUUUGUCUACUUGGUAUCUAUGGGUAGCGAUACUCGCGGUCUUGGUUUUAGCCGCAACGUGCGGCUUUUGGCUAUGGAAACGUCGCCGUUCGGCCGUGUCAGAAGACACGUCCUCGGAAAGAACUUCCACAGGACCGUGGUAUCCACCUCCUCAUUAUAGCCGAUGUAGUUCCUUUGUUCAGGCAUUACCACCACCAUACAACGAGGUGACUGCAAAACCAGACCUUUAUCCUUUAGUAAUUGGUUACGACGAUAGUUCAGGCAAAGGUACUUCUGGUUUUGUGAUGCGCUACUUCAGAUCGUUGUCACACGCAAGUACAUUGGAUUCAUUGAGCUCCAGUUUCAUGUGCAAUAUGGUGAACGAAGCAAAUACCAUUAUUCCACCACCGUACUCCUGCAACAACAGUGUCGACGACGUGUCGGCGACGGAGUGCGAAAGAAGAGAGACAGGCGACGUCGGUUCCAUCGUCUCCUUGACAAAUCACAGAACAGUCUCUGACAUAUCAAGCCUUGGUGCUCAAUCUCCUUGUUCACCGCCGAGGGCUACCAGCCCAACGAUAGAAUUACGGGAAUUAUUGGAUAAGAUACAGCAACUUCCUCAUUUGUCUAACGGGCAUUCCACCACCAUGCCGUGCCAACAGAAUCAAGCCCCGAUUUUGUACGUAACAAGUAGCGAUGGUACUACUCAACAACGGCCUUUAAGUCCCAACGAUGUCGGUUCGUACAAAGUCAGGAGGACCAGGGGUAAGCUGUACAUGCCAUUGGGCGUGCCGACGUCGCGAAGCAAAACGAAGCGAUGGCUGUCGCGCUCCGCACCAACAACGCCCUCGGGUACGACACCACGGUCCUUCUUGCCGGGACAGAGCAGGAGGCCUUCGGAGACCGACAACAAUACGCAGCAGGCGGUGCCGUUGCUUUACGAGCAAGACGAGAACGAAAGCAACAAUAUGGAUCAACCGUCAUCGGGUGUUCCCGUGCUCGCUGAACAAGAGGAAGAACGACACGCGACAUGACAUGAUGUCUAACGUGUUCGUGCCAUUUAAUACUCGACAUCGCACGGAUCUCGCGUAAGAGACGUGCCGAUAUCCACUACACACAUAACACACACAGACCCAUACACACACAGACACAUAUACACAGAUUUAAAUAUUUUAUAAUAUGACUCUGAUACACACACAUACACCGUCAUCAUGUAUGCCGUAUCAUAAAAUUAUAUACAUUCGGGACGUCGUGUAGAUAUUGAUGCAACAUGUGAAAAAACCUAAACUUUAUUUAUAUUUAAUUAAAAUAAUAUUGUAUACACACAGGGACACACAUACAAAAAUAGAUAUUAACCAAAUACCUAAAUCUAUGUCAUUUGAUUAAUAUCAUUAUAUUUUGUAUGUGUCCCUUUUAUUUAAUAUCUAUUUAGUUAAUAUGUGUGUGCACAUACGUGUGUUCUAUAUUAUUUACUUCUUAAUGUUUAGCUUAAUCUUUUCAGUAU